UGUGUGUGUGUGUGUGUGUGUGUGUGUGUAUAUAAAGGAGCUGGGAUCAGUCAUCAUAGACGCUAGAAUGUAUCCAGUCAUAGGUGGAGUUAGAGCUUGACCUAUGAGCCAUCAUGGGGGUAGAUGACCUGUGCUCGCUGCUGGAGGACUACAGCCAGAUCUACCAGGACAUCCGCUUCAGGGACAGCAAGCUAGUGGUGGACGGCACUAACCUGGCCUACGACCUGUACUACAGGUCCAACCUGGACCAGAACCACGGCGGGGAGUACCUGGCCUAUCAGGUCCAGGUCCAGGCUCUCUUCAAGGCUCUGGCCGACUGUGGAAUCAAACCGUACGUGGUGAUGGACGGAGGCUCGGGUGCCAGUGACAUCAAACUGGACACCCUCCUUGACCGGGCCAGGGGGAAGGUCUGGAGGGCCCAGGGCGCCGCUCUGAAGGGCAGGAGGGCGGACAUCCUCCCCCCCAUUUCCACGAAGGUAUUCGAGCAGACGCUGAACAACAUGAAGGUGCCGCUGGUCAGGUGCUUUGGAGAGGCAGACUGCCAGCUGGCUGCCCUGGCCAGUGACUGGUGCUGCCCGGUGCUGUCCGGAGACACUGACUUCUACAUCUACGACCUUCCAGCAGGGCUUCUGCACCUAGAUCACUUCCAGUGGGAAUCAGCUAAAAAGAGUCCGACCAGGAGUUACAUCCCCUGCAAGCGAUACACCACGUCCAGCUUCUGCACCUUCUUCAACAUCGACCGCCAGCUGCUGCCCGUCUUCGCUUUGCUGGCCGGGAACGACUUCGUCAACAUCAGAGAAAUGAACUGGGACCAAAAUGUUCUUGCGGGAAGACAGAGAGAGAUAGAGUUGUCUCAGACCGCCUGCCUGGAGGGACUCCUGAGGUGGAUGAGAGGCUUCCAGACGAUUGAAGACACCUUGACAGCAGCGAUGGAUCUCAUGCCCAACAUGAGUCAACAGGCACAGACGGAGGUGCAGACAGAGGUGCAGAAGUCCAUGCUGGAGUACCGCCUCCCCAGCUCCUCUCUGCGGGGGUUCUUCAGCCAGGGAACCGUUCCCUCACUGCCCGCUGAGAUGUUGAGCUGCGUCCCCGACUGGGUCCGUGCGCCCCUGGCCAGAGGAGAGCUGGGGGCUGACAUCCUGGACCUGUUGGUGCACAAGAGGAAGAUAUUGCCAACCCAGGUGGAGCACAGCGACCUGCAGAGCUCCAACCUCACCUCGCGGCCCAUCCGGAAGGUGUUGUACGGGCUGCUGCUGGGCCGGGGAGGGGGCAAGGUGGAGGAGGUGGACCGGGUCGGUACGAAGCCUGCGAGUGUCAAGGUACAACCGCUGGUCCACGGAGCCGCUAAAACUCUGAGGCUGGACUCUCUGACCCAGGCAGACCGCGCUGUGAGGCUGCGGGUGUGUCUGGAGACUCUGGGCGUGGAGGUAGAGAAGCUGGAGGGAGUUCCAGCUCACCUGCGCCUCCCAGUGGCUGUGACCCGCUACUGGCUGAGGAGGGCCAACCCUGAGCCGACGCUCCUCAAAGCUCUGCUGAUGGUCAUGGUCCAAGGAGAACAGAACCGACGGAAGGGAUUGACCAUAGGCUGGCAGGGGUAUUCCAACAGCAUCUUUCGGCCUCUGGACUGUGUCGUGGCUCACAGCUUCAACCAAUGGCAGGCCUGCCUGAAGGACGCCUCCCAGCUCAACCUGCUGCUCUGCAAGCCCCUCCCUGAACCCCACUUCGCCUGGUUGUACCAGGGCAGGCUGGUGCACCGGCGGCAGAAGCAGCUUCUGAACAGGGAGCCAGAGGAGAUACUUCACAGCCCCCAGUUCAGGAGACUGUACAGGAGGCUCCUGGGAGCAGUGACCCAGCCAGACCCAGGGGCCAACAGGAGAGCUGGGGGGCCUGAGGCCCAGCUGAGGGCCAGCAUGGAGCACCUUCACCUCAACACCCAGGACGAGGAGGAGGAAGAGGAGGAGGAGGGGGAGGAGAAGGAGCUGGGCGGGGCUGAAGACCUGGAUCAGGGCUCUGAUUGGCCUAGGGUGACGGUUGGAACACGCUACAGAACCAAAGACAGGAAGGACCGGUCCAGAAACCCAGAACUGGGGAGGAAGCAGGAGUGGGAGGGGUGGGGAUGAGAGGGGAGGGGGGAUGGGGGGACUGAUGAGGGCCAGUGUUGCUAUUUAGAUAUAUUGUUGAUACAUUGUUGUUUCUCUUUCUUCUGACAAAUGUACUGAUUGUAAGUCAAUCAGUACAUUUGCCACAGUCCACAGACCGUAAAAAAGCGUCUGCUAAAUCCCCUAAACGUAAAUGUAAUGCUAACAUACGAGGAGAGUUGAGAACGGUAUGAGACAAUUUGACUAAUAAAUUUAACUUGAUGUAAAACCAAACCUAAUAAGAAAAUGUUUCCACCUUCUGUAUUGAUAUUACUAAAGUUUUGUAAAUACUUUA